AUGUCCUCGCUCUUUGGCUCGAAGAACAAAAAGGACGAUGACGCCGCCGCCGACGGGCCGCCGGGGGAGAGGGGUAGAAGGUCGGACGAGGAGGUCGAGCGGGAGCCCGAUGAGCACACGCGCCUGCUGCCGAACCGGCUCGACAGCGACAACCGGCAGUUUCUGACGCCCGACGACCCGGCCGUGUCGCCGUAUAACCUGUGGACUGUGCGGGUGAUGCGAUGGUUCACCGUCUUCUUCGCGAUCAUUACCUUCCUGUGGUGGACGAUCAACCUAAUAUCCAUAUUCGUCACGCCGCCCGGGCUGCACACGCGCGGCUCGGGCUUCUUCGCCUUUAGCUACUCCAGCCUGUCGCUCUUUACGCUCCUGUUCACGCUCGUCUUCUUCGGGGCGCCGUCGGCUGCCGUGCGCGUGCUGUCCGUCUUCAUGGCUGUCAUGUUGCUUGCUGAUGCCAUCCUUAUUCUUGCUGUUCAGAAGAACCGGUACGAGGAGGGCGGCGUGGGAGUUGCUAGUGUUGUUUGGGCUUUCCUUAUGAGUUUGUGGGCUUUGCUUGCGGACCGAACCGUGAAAUGGGGCAAGGCCGAAGAGGAAGAGCGACUGACGGGAAGGGUCGAGACGAGAAGAACGAUCAAGGAGUGGAUCGAGGUGCUCUUCUCGACCAUUGCAUACGUGGUCCUCUCGAUUGUCAUCAUUCUGAUCACAUGCAGCCUGAUCCUGAGAAGCCUGGAUGCAGGAUACGGACCGCCGGGCGAGCAGUACUGGGUUGACAACGAUCAAUACCGCAUCCACGUUUAUUGCGAGGGCAACGGCACCGACGCCGCGGGCAACAAGCUGCCGAGCGUCCUCCUUGAAGGCGGCGAUAUGCCAGUGGAGAACGGACUUUGGCAGCUCGCUCAGGGUGCGCUGAAGAAUGGCUCGAUCUCGAGGUAUUGCUUCGCCGACCGCCCUGGGUAUGCUUGGAGUGACACUGCGCCAAGCCCUCUCUCUGCCGGUAUGGCGACGGACGCUCUCAGCGAGGCUCUUGCCCGGGCUGGUGAGAAUGGCCCUUGGGUUUUGGCCAGCGCUGGCAUCGGCUCCGUGUACUCCCGGAUCUUCUCCUCUAGGCACGGCCACGAGGUCAACGGGAUCCUCAUGAUUGACCCUCUUCACGAAGAUCUCCUGUACCGUGUUUCGGAUCCCGGGAGGGGCUUCGUGUACUGGUUGCGCGGAAUCUUGUCGCCUCUCGGAUUUGAACGGCUGCCCGGUGCCCUGUUCAAGGGACGCACCAGCGCCGACCGCAUCUGGGGUCGCUCAGCAUGGCAGAGCGGUAAGCUGCUCUUCUCGAAGCUGCAAGAGAGCUUGGUGGCCGCAACCCUCACGAAGCGAGAGGUCAUCAGCGGCAAGGCGAUUCAGUACCCAGAUACCCCCCUGGUGCUCAUCAGCUCUGGUGUCAACCUCCGCAAGGACAGCGUUUGGGAGGAGAAGCAGAGAGACCUCAGCCACCUGACGAGAAACCUGAAGCAUUGGGACAUCGUCGACGACGCCCCCCACAACGUCUGGGAGACGUUCGACGGGCGGGAGAAGAUCGAGAAGAGGCUCCGUCAGUUGGUUCACGCUUAG